AUGGCUAUCUCGAAGUCGCUUCCGGAGAAUAUUUCUUUCUCUGCAAAACCAUAUGCAUUUAGCUUUCCAUCUGCUGCGACUGCAUUGCUCAUUAUUGAUAUGCAACGGGAUUUCCUUCUCGAGAAUGGAUUUGGGCAUAUUCAAGGAGGCAAUCUCACAAACGUCCAAGCUGCAAUCAAACCGACAGCGAGGCUGCUUGAGGUAUGGAGGAACCUCGGUCUCCCAGUAGUUCAUACUAGAGAGGGCCAUGUCCCGGAUUUGUCGGAUUGCCCGUCCUCAAAGCUUGUCCGACAAGCUGCUGCUCCGGGGAACAAACAGCAUGCUCAAAUAAUCGGCGAUAAGGGGCCAAUGGGUCGCCUUCUUGUUCGAGGAGAAUAUGGCCACGACUUUGUCGACGAGCUCCAGCCAUACGAGUCCGAAAUCGUCGUCGACAAGCCGGGGAAGGGCGCUUUCUAUAAUACCAAACUUAUGGAGAUUCUAAAGAAUAAUGGGAUCACACAUUUGAUUAUUGGUGGCGUCACAACCGAGUGCUGUGUCACUACCACGCUAAGGGAGGCUAACGACCGGGGCUUCGAAUGCUGCGCUCUCACGGAAAUAACAGAUGGGUAUAACCCACCGUACAAGACUGCAUCCCUAGACAUGAUAUAUUGGUCUCAAGGUCUUUUUGGAUAUGUCGGUUCUAUGGAUCCCUUAAUUGAGGCUCUUAAGCAAUUCUCUUCGGUACCAGCUUCCACAACAGUGGAGAAGCCAUCGGAUAUCGGUUACAUCUCAUCAGAUGGUUCUGAAGUAAAAUCACCUCCGCAAACACCACCUGCCUGGGACGGGUCCCUUCUCAUUGAUGACCUCCAAAGAUCAUAUGCGACCGGUGUUUCACCAAUCACGGUUCUAGAGGCCCUCUACAAGAAAAUCGAGGAAUACUCUCAAGUCGAUCCUGCCGUGUUCAUUUACUUAGUCGAAAAGAAGACUGCAUUCGCCCGGGCUGAAGAGCUUAUAAAGUUAUUCCCUGAUAGGCGCAACCUACCACCUCUUUGGGGUGUGCCAUUCAGCGUCAAGGAUUCUAUUGACGUUGCCGGAAUUCCAACGACAACUGCGUGCCCACCGCUUGCAUUUGUCCCAACCCGGUCUGCUGCCAUUUACGACAAGCUUAUCGUCCAGGGUGCCAUCCAUAUUGGAAAAACAAAUUUAGACCAGUACGCCACAGGCUUGAACGGAACACGCACGCCAUAUGGCAUCCCACGCAGCGUUUUUAACAAGGAUUAUAUCAGUGGAGGCUCUUCAUCUGGGAGUGCAGUUUCCGUUGGCGCAAGGCUAGUAUCCUUCAGCUUGGCAACAGACACUGCGGGAUCCGGCCGCGUCCCUGCAUUAUUCAAUGGCGUCAUCGGGUUUAAACCCACAAGGGGAACUGUAUCAUUCAUGGGUGUAACACCCGCUUGUCUAUCUUUGGAUUGCUGCUCUUUCAUGACAUCCAAUAUCAAAGAUGCCCGUAUAGUUUGGUCGCUUGUGGAGGGAUAUGAUGCUGCUGACCGAUACUCAAAGGGAACUCCACCAAUCCUACGGUCCGUUGAUGCCCAUUUUACAAAGUUUAAAUUCGGCAUCCCUCCACCAGAGGCGCUGUCGGUUUGUUCUUUUACUUUUCGGCAGAUGUUUAAUGAUACAGUCAAAAAGCUUCAGGAUAUUGGUGGUCAGUUGGUCCCUGUGGAUUGGGCUCCAUUCGACAACGCUGGAAAACUCUUGUAUGAUGGAACUUUCGUCAUUGAAAGACUUGCGAGUCUUCCAGAUGACUUUCUUGAGAAAAACAGGGAUGCCCUGCACCCCGUGAUCAGGGAACUGUUUGAACAGGUUGUGGCGAGGAAGAGCACUGCUGUUGAUGUCUUCAGAGAUUUGCAUAAACAGGCUUUGUAUAUUCGACAAAUGAUGGAGAUAUUUUCGCCAUCCGGGAUCUCGGUACUAGUAGUUCCAACAGCACCAUUGCACCCGACUGUUGAGCAAAUGCUCGCUGAACCAAUUUCUUUAAACUCGACGCUGGGGGCUUUCACUCAUUUUGGAAAUGUCAACGAUCUCUGUGCAGUCGCUGUGCCGGCAGGCACCUACCCGGUUCUAUCAACUGACAAUUCUUCUGAGAGUUCCAAUGGGAUUUUACCUUUUGGAGUUACAUUCCUUGGAGGGUCAAGAACGGACUCCGAGGUUUUGGAUAUUGCGUCAAGAUUUGAAGCUUAUAUGAAACAAGAAUCAACCUAA